AUGAAAGGAAGAGAAUCCCACGCAAUAGUUGUGGCCAUGGAAUCAGUUGCUCUGCUCAAGGAAGAAGAUGAAGAUGAAGAAUCAUCAGCUUCAGAAUCCCUAAGUACGACCAAAUCUCGUUCUCAUUCUCUACCUGAGAAGAAGACUCCUCACAAGAGACGAAUCUCCAAACCCAAAAGGGUGAGGACUGGACAGAGAUUGCAGACUUGA